AUGGCGUCUAGAUUACCGGCAGAUUGUAUCGAUCAGAAAACAUCUGAUUAUGCUUUUUGGACGACCAUAACCCCAACCAUAUUAUGUUGCUUAUCCCACGAUUCACAAGAGAUACUGCGGAGAAACGGCGUCAUCAGAUCGAUUUUACAUCGUCCAACAUAUGAUUAUGUAAGAUUUUGUCAACACCUUACACCCGAAGCUGUCGAUCAAUUGACAAGAGAGCACGUAAACGAUAACGCUGAUUAUAACCGAGGGUAUAAAGAUUAUUUAUUUGAACAAGAAAUUUAUAAGCUGUUCAUGUCAAAGUCCUCUCUUAGACACCUGGUUCUACCGAAAGCUCCCUUGUCUUAUUGUCCGGGAUCGACGACGUGCUUACAAAAGCUUCGUGAAUUGGUUUGUGGGAGCGAUCUUUCGCCUGAAUACUUUUUUGGAUUAGCUCAGACAUGUAGAAACGUUCAGAAAUUGGUUAUCGACCCUUGUCACGAUAAUGAUGGACUUGCGACUUUAAUCGAAUUUCAAACUGGGUUGAAAUAUGUGGAGCUACAAGCUCCCGAUGGGCAGGAUAAUGAGUAUCCACGCAUCGGUCGAGCCUUAAUAUCACAGGCUCAAUCCAUUUCCACCUUAUAUUUUCAUGGCAGUCUGUGUAUCAGACCGUCCAGUCUUGCGGAAUUCGUCAAUCUAAAAUAUUUGAAAUUAUUCAUAUCAGGAAAGAUUUCAAAUUUAUCACAAUUCGCCUCAACGGUCUUUCCUAAACUUGAAGUUCUCGAUAUAUUUUGGGAUGAACAUACUCCUUUUGAUAUAUUCACCCAAUUUAUUGAGAAUACGCAAGGAACCUUGUCAAGGAUAUAUUGGAAUACAGAUUGUCCCCCCACUAGACCGGAGGAAAUUAGGAAUUAUCUUGACUUAUUAUCAAGACCGAAAUUCUCAAAUUUGAAUUUUGUCACGAUUUGGUGGAAUGAGUUGGCAAUCGAAAAACUUUCAAGAUUUUUGACAAUUCAUCAGCGACUACAAGCAUUAAAAAUUUAUACAUUUACUAAUAGGGCUGAUGGUAAAGAUUUAUUCGACUUAAUAAUAAGGGUUAAUAGUCCUUAUUAUCUUAAAGUUUUAAAUUUAGACGGUGAAUGGCAAUUUACACCCGAAGAUUUGGCGGAAUUUUUGGAGCAAUGGAAGUUAUCUGAAAGAAAACCUUUAUCAUUUUACAUUCCAUUCAGAUUUAUUGUGACCUCAUAUUUUGAAGAGAUCAUUCAAAAGUAUCGAGAAGAAGGAAUUUUAAAAGAGUUUCGAAGGGUGGAAUUCUUAGAUGAAGUUGAAUCAUUAAAUUACUUAUGGAAAUAUUAA